UCCGAUCCUGAGUCUUAAUUUGUCAGUUACACUUUCAACAUCCCUGAGAAAAGAAAAACAGUGUCUGCAAAAUGGAAAGAGGAAAAGUGACCAACACCUCUCAUCAUCAUAACCCAAAGUCACCACCCACCACUACCUUGCCACAUAAUAACAACAAUAAUAAUUCACCUCAUCACCUUAACAAAUGCCAACACCACCAAACUAUUACACCUCAUAAUCUUCAUUCAAACUCUGCACUCACCAUUUUUAAUUCUCAAACCUACUUCAAAGAAGUCACCACCACCACCACCACCAGUAGCAAUAACAAUACAAGAGUUUCUCCUGUUGUUGCUACCAUGAAUUCCCAACACAAGAAUAAUAAUAAUGCAGAGCUCUCAAAGACAACCAUGAAGACGACGAAGACGACGACGGAGCUUGAUAAUCGUCCACCGAGAACCGCGGUUUCUGUCUCCGCCUUGAGCAAUAACCGUUUUAACAAACCGAAGGCGGCGAAAAACAGAGCUUCGUAUUGUCCAAAUUCAAAACCCGCAUGGCUUUUACGAAAAUGCCCCUGCUUCUGUAAAACGUCUGUGCAAGUUAAACAACCCACGCCAAAUCCCAAAUCCAAGACUCCAUUUACCAAAAUACCCCCAACAUCUCAAUCUCAACCGCAACCGCAACAGCAGCAACAGAAAUCAGUUACGAUUUCCGUAACAGAAAAUUCCGAAGAAUUGCAACCCGAUAUGGACACGGUUCUUGGAAAACCAACCACCGAAGGCUUCACUUUUCCUUCACUGGCAGCAGCAACACCAACCGCCACUUCCUGCCAUGGCAAAAAGCAGGUUCUAAACGUAGUUCACGAGGAAUAUCCAAUUCCGCCACGUCACUCGAUGGAAGUUUUCCAACCAAUAAUAACCGUCGAUAGAGAAAGAGAAAGAGAAAACAAUAAUAAUAAUCGUCGUCGGAACUUGGCGUCGCCGCCGAGUCCAUUGUCACGUGACGCCGACGACGCGAGCGAUGCGAGUUCUGAUCUUUUCGAGAUCGAGAGCUUCUCCCUUCAAGCAGUAGCAGCACUCCUCACGUGUCCACAGCCGGUUGUCACCAUGGCACCCACAGGUUCAGAGGUCAACAACGACGAUAAUAAUAAAACUUCGGCCUUUGACUUGAGCUUGGUCUCCGGCGCCGGAAAGAGCAGCGGCUCUGAGUUUUUGGCCGCGGCUGCAGAGCAACAGCGACAAGGGGCCGCAAAUAAUAACAGUACAAAGAAUGCUGAGGAUACUGCAAAAUGAAGGCUAUAAAGUUACAGAUUCCUUAUUUGUACAUAA